AUGUCCUUCUCUGUUUUAUCUGUUAUCCGAAAAGCUGCACUUGAGUUAUCAAGAGGUGACAGUGGCAUAGAUAUGCUCGGCAAUCAUAAUCAUUACUUAUUAUUGUUUCAAUGCAAAGAUCUUACUAACAAAGUCAAAGUUGAUUAUAUCUGA